AUGUUCACGUCACUUACCCAGCAACCACAACAACAGCACCCAACCCAUCUUCAGAUUCGUGCCACGACGACAAUACAGGAAUCCGAUGAAUGCGUUGCGCACAUUAACACCGUGUGUCGCGGCAACGUCCUAAACUAUGCGCGUGUGCGCUACGACGCACUUCUUGCAUGCUGUCCAGGUGACUGGUACGAAGCAGAGAACUUUCGCUUCUGCGCCGAGAACUCAUACGCCCACUUGUGUAUCUUUAUUCUGACUGGCAGCUACCCAGGCGUCGAUAGAGUUCGACAGAGUCUACGCACUACCCUCGACGAAACUGACGCCGAAGCUGCUGAGGUCGAGGCAGAGUAUGCUGCCAAAUUGACGGAUCCCGAAGAGGAGGCUUAUCUCAUCGCCACCGAGCAAGAUGAGGAAGAAAGCGUCACCGUCGCUGGGGGAGAUGAGGAAGAGAAUGUCGCCGUCGCUAACACUGAAGUCGAGAAUGCUUAG